CAAUUAUUAUAAAUUUUCAGCUUCAAGAGAAACAUACUUCGUUCAUCAUCUCAUAUAUUUCCUUUUAUUAUAAAUUUCCAGCUUCAAAAGAAAUUUACUUCGUUCAUAUUAAGUUAUGAAUAAUACCAACCCUUUACAAAAUAGUAAUCUUAGUGGCAACAAUAAUGAAUUUAAUUAUACCGAUAAUAUAUCACAACCCAGUGAUAUCCAGGGACAUUCUUCAACAAAUAAUAAUAACUAUAGUUCUUCUUACGACAGUAAUAAUAACUUAUCCGUGAUUGAUGAUAAUAAUUUUUCCGCACAUCCAAGCAUUCAUGGCUCAAAUUUCCAGCAAAAUAACACUACAAUUUCCCCUUCACAACCCACGUCCAAUGGCAUUCCUAACAAUAGUGAUAGUAUUCCUAAUAAUCAACCAUUUAACUCUUCAGAUAAUGCUCCUUUUGGUUUUCAAUUCACGCCCACGUCCAAUAACACUUCACCUCCACAAUAUGUUAACAAAGAUUUGCCUCGGUCUAAUAAUGUCUUUCCUUGCAUUAAUUAUGGCAAUUUUAAUUGUCAUGAGGUAAAAUAUAAUAUUGGCACAAUUUCUAAUAAUACUAAUUCAGAUAUUCUUCGGCAAAUUCUGGAUAAUUGGUCCUCAAUAAACAACCCACAAACUCGAUCCCAAUAAUGAAAUCUCUAUUCGGUGACUUUCGUGAUUCAUAUAUAUAUAUAUCUCUUAUUAUACUAUAUCACAAUUUUAUAUAUAACAUUAGAUUUUAUCCUUUAGAAUUUCUUUUAUUUCAUCCCAGCAUUAAAACAAUUAUAUUAUUAAUUUUUCGUAGUAUUCAUUUAUAAAUAAAUAAACAAAAC